AUGAUCUGGCUGUAUAUGCGAAUCGCCACAGCUUUGUUUCCGAAGAGCUUACAGCAUGCCAAAAAGGGAUCUACACGGCCCCUGCUGAUAAUUGGCGCAAAGGAAGCUUACCACGAGCUCUUCCAACUGCAGGAGCGAGCCAAGAAGCUCAGAAAAGUGCGUGAGGAGCUGGAAUUACGCACCAACCUGCGCAAAAAAGGAGUUGCGAUUCAGGUCGCUGAAGGAAGCAAGUCGAAGCCUGCGCAGUACAGGUGGCUGUAUGACAGGAAAAGGUGA